AUGGUGAAGGCAGAGUUGACUGCUGGCCAGGAUGGACCCAACGGCAAACUGCGGCCCUCCCUCUCUCUGUCAAGAUGUCUACUCCUGCUGAUAGCCCCUCUUUCUUUACCUUUUUUUAUUCUUCCUACUCCCUUCGUCCGACCCAUUGCAGGGGUCGUGCUCCUUGCCGUUCUCUGCUUCGGUUUCGUUCGCCAUUUCAUUCCGUACUGGGACGAGAGAAUGAAGACGAAAGGCGUCACAGGAAGAGACUUGCAUAAACCGCCUCCCGUGCCGGUUCUCUCCGAGGGCAUGGGCCUCGUCUCGGCGUUGGUGUUUGUCCUUGCUGCGGUGGCCUCGCAGGUUCUCCUCAAAAAUGACGACAAAAAGCUGGUGGAAUAUAACGCAGGCCUUUUGUCCAUCACGCUCAUGACAUUCCUCGGUUUUGCCGACGACCUCUUGGAAUUACCGUGGAGAGCCAAGAUGCUGACCCCCCUCGUUGCCUCGGUUCCUCUUCUUGUCGCGUACACAGGCCGCACUACUAUUCUUCUUCCCGACUGGGUUUUCCCCUUUCUCGACUCGGUCGCUUGCCUCCCAGCUGUGGUUGGCCAGUCUCUAUCCGUUUGGAUCGAUCCGUUGAUGGGGCCUGUACACACAUUCUGGGCCUCGUUCGCGUCUUCACCUGAUUCAGUGUAUAGCCAGCUUGUCACCUCUGGCGUGUUCAGCAGAUUCGGUGCUCUCCCGGAAGAUUUCGCUUUCUUUUCUCCGCUCACGGCGAUAAGCAGCGCCGUCGAGUCUUCUCUUGGUUCAUCUCUUUCGUCCCUUCACGCGUCUUUCACAGCGUCUCUUCAAACCGUCUCGAGUUCGCUCUCGAGUCUCCUCGCCGGCUACCAUCUCGUUCCGACUGCAGCCCCCACCGAGGCCUUUGCCGUCGCUUCGCCGCUGCUUCCUUUCCCUACGGCCCCGUCUUCUCUUCUUGCCUCGCUCGACUCCAAUGCGACUUACCUGUCGCCCGAACAUUUCUCAGUGCACUAUCUAGAGGAGGCGGCGCAUGCCAGUCCUGUCCCUGCCACAAUUUGCAACGCAACAGACGCCCUCCGCUUGAGCAGAAACCACACGCGUUUUCCCGCUCCCACGGAGACCUAUCUCGGCGGGAGAACUGCCGGCUGGGGAACGGGGCCGCCUGUCGUGGUGGACCUAGGUGCGUUCUACUACGUCUACAUGGCCCUACUUACGGUCUUUUGCACGAACGCCAUCAACAUUUACGCCGGGAUCAACGGACUUGAGGUCGGCCAGUCGGUGGUCAUGAGCGCUUUCGUCAUUCUGCACAAUGUCGUGAAUUACUUCUCUCUCAUUCUCUCACUCUUCUUCUUCGCGUCUUCUCUCGGUCUCCUCUCCUUCAACUGGUACCCUUCUCAAGUCUUCGUCGGCGACACCUACACGUGCUUCGCGGGCAUCUACUUUGCUGUCGUCGGAAUUCUCGGCCACUUUUCUAAGACGCUCCUCCUCCUUUUCCUCCCGCAACUGCUGAACUUCGUCUUGUCCCUCCCACAGCUCUUCGGUCUCGUCUCGUGUCCCAGACACCGGACUCCAAGGUACAACGCGGCCACGGGGAAACUGGAGAGCUCGGGAAAUCUCACUCUCAUCAACCUUAUUCUGAUGGUCGCGGGACCCAUGACGGAGAGGAAAUUGCUUCUUGUCCUCAUCGCCCUCCAGUUAUGCUCUUGUUCCGUCGGCCUUCUGAUUCGCUAUUCCUCGGGGAUUCACAUGUUUUUCCUCUGA